AUAUACUUUAUUUGACCUGAAUCUUUUUAAACUAUUGAAAUUUGACUGAUGGCUUAGAAUAUGUUCUAGCUUGGCAAAUGUUUCAUGAACACUUGAAAAGAAUGUGUGUGUUUUUCUGUUGUUGGGUGGAAUAUUUUAUAAAGGUACAUUAGCUCAAAUUAAUGAAAUGUUUUUAUAAAGAUUUUCGAAAUCCUUACAGAUUUUCUGCCUGCUUAUUCUAUUAAUUAUUCAAAGAAGGGUAUUUAAAAAUCCAACUAUAAUUAUAGAUUUCUCUAUUUCUUCAUGUUCAUUUGGUAUCUCUAGAAGAUCAACUCUAUCCCCUUAACUCAGCAAGUCCACUGGGUUCCACUUGGAUCCCCCCUCUCUGCAAUGUGGUCUGGACAUUCAAGGUUGUAGAUGGAGCAGUCAUAGGACUGACUUGUUUGUUUCCUUCCUCUUAGAGUUCACUCUUCUUUGUUGUCUGAUAUCCAUUCCUGAAAUUCAUUGUUUCAUAUAUUUUGUUCAGUUUUUUGGUUAUUUCAGGUAGAAGUAUAAAUUCAAGCCCUGUUACUCCAUUUUUACUAGAAGUACAAUUGUCAUGAAGUCAUAUUUAAACUAAUCACCAGUAAAAAGCGUUCAAAUGCAGACCUGUCUAUGCAUGGCAAUACCACCGUAUGAAAAGUACUGAUAGACAUUCUGAGGUCUGUAAUCUAGUUUAGAGCAUCUUGAUAUAUUUAGAUAUGAUUGACAUGUGGCCUAGUGACUAAGUGUUUAACAGAAAAGUGGUAGGCGUUACAUAUCAGGCAUUGUGCCAAAAGGAAGAAAAUAUGUACACUCUAUUUUGUGAGCAGGGGCAAAUGCACCCUGAGUGGUAGUUGAAAAGAAACAGAAGACUGAAAUUAUUUAAUGCCUAUCUUUAUAUUCCUUGUUCCUAGCAUAGUACUUAGCACAUAGUAGAGCUCGAUAAAUAUUUGUUAAACUGAACUACGUAAAAUAUUUGAUAACGUAAGAUUCAUGGUGGAUCUCACUUGAAUGUCGAAGGUAAUAGAUUUUAAAACUUAUAAAAGUGACUGGGUGUGAGGGCAAAAUAUGUUACAUAUACUUAAUAAAAACUAAGUAAUUAACUAAGUAAUAUGACUGAAAUGAUUGAGACACUUAAAACUUCCACAAGUAUAUCAAUGUACCUAUUUUAAAGAAUGAGGAAUAAAUAUAUGGAAUUUGCCACCUCAUAAGGUGUGAGAAGAGUAUCAUUGAAUUUCUGCACAUCAGUGCUCUAAGAAUUGGUUAAAGCUAAGAUUGCUUAGCAUUAGGUAUAGGAAGCUGCUGAGUUUUCAUUCAAGAAUAGCCUUGGCUCCAGGAUAAAUCAGAAUAUUGAGCUUUCUUGGUGUUGUGUUCCUUCCAAACUAACCAGUAAUGACCUCUACUUUCCCAUUCUGUGCCUUUGCUCUACCCUUCUGUCCCCAGGAAUGUCCCCUACCUAUCUCUACAUGUCCAAAUUUUACCCUAACUUCAAGCUUUAGCCAAGUGAGGCUGCCCUAAUUUUCCCAAUGGAUGCAAUUUUUCUUUUUGCUUGUUUUGUGAGUAGUAUAUACUACCUCUUUUAUGGCACUUACCUUUUUUUAACUUGUUUUUUUAUUAUUUGUACCCAUGUAUCAUCCCUUCAAUUAGACUUUAAGCUCCUUAAAGACAGAAUCAACGUCUGACAUAUCCAUUUGCCCAUAGAAUAGUCAAAAAGUAUAGACAUAGGAGAUGAUUGAUAUGUUUGUUGGAUAAUGAAUAAAUGAAUGAAUGCAUGAUUACAAUGGCAUUUUCUUGUGUAGAGGUUCUACAUGCAGAAACUGUGGAUUCUCUAUCCUUUUCCAAAGAGUAAGGAAAGGAGGCUCUUUUUAGGAGAUACUACUUAAAUGAAAGACUGAAGGGACCCGAUGAACAGGAGAGAAAAGUCCGAGGCAUGAUAGAAGACCCAGGGGUUGGGGUCUGGGAUAAUGAUGAACAUUUACUCAAGGAGUUCAGAAAAAGAUUGGCUGGAAUUUUGGAGGACAACUUAGAAAACAACUUUUUAUUUUCCUGUUGUUUGCUGAGAAAUGCAGAACAUUUACUAGUGGAGGAAUAUUUUCUGAAGGUUGUGGGCUGGCUGGUCGACAGUGCUUGAGGAAGAAGCAUGUGGCUGGGGCAGAUGGGCUAGUAGAAGGACAGGAAUGAAGGCAGAGGAGGGACUGUGGGUGUGAGCUGAACAGAAGAACACCAUGAAUGAGAAACAGAGAAGGUUGGUUGCACUGAUAUUGAAAAACAAACCAUCUAAUGGCAAUAGCCUUAUGGUGUAUACUCAUGAAAUAUUAAAGAAAAACCAUCUCCUUGUAAAUUAGCCCAGGUAGAAAUUUUAAAAGAUUAAUUUUACUUGCAAUUCUACCAAUUCAAGAUUGAAAAGUAAUUGAGAUAAGAAGAAAACUUUGCUGGUAUCAGCCUUUGAGACUUUCACACCACAAGGUCAUUAGUAUAAAUGAAUCCACCAUCACCAAGGUACAAAUGCAGAAAAACUAGGUAACCCAAAUCAUGCAGCUCUUCUAAAAAUAAUACAGCAAAAAUCCUUCAUUUAUGUUAUCAAACUGUUGUCUACAGUUUGUACUUUGUUUUAUCCUCUUUGCAUUUUCUAGGUCAAUUAAAAGCACAGUUUAUUCAUUAUGCUGUGUUGCCCUCAGUUUACCCCUUACCUCUAGAAAUUCUUGAAUUAAUAUCCCCGUUGUUGGCUGUGUGACUAGCCCUGAGAGUAAAGGUUCCUUUGGAACUUCUAAGUGCUGGGCAGCCUAUGUGCUACAUUACCCACUACCUCGACAGUCCCACGGAGACUGCAAGGGACUGGUAGAGCCUCAUCUCACUUUGUGGGCUCCUGUCUUAGGUGAAAGAACACUCAGAAUAUGUUACUAUAUUCUGUUGUUCAGACUUGAUUUAGUGCUUAUACUAGCCUUUUGGUAGUGUGCAAAGGGUGCAAGCAAUUUCUUUAGAAUUAACAUGUUCCAAUUUUGUGCAGCCCACUCUCAGGUCCCAAGAAUAUUUAAAGGCUUAAUUCUCCUGGCAUUAUUCAUGUGAAUUCUACCUAGAACAAGAAAUAAGUGUGACCUUUAUCCAAAACAUAAGACAACAGAAAGGUCUUCUAAUUACUCUUAAAUUUUAAGAUAAACAAUUGACUGCAUUUUAUACUCAAGAACUUUCUGGCUAGUCUUUAGAGAUACUCCCAGAUAAACAACUUUGUAACUACUAAAGGCAGUAAUACUCCAGGAUGAAAAAAUAUAUCACAUCUAGAUCUUAAGUGAACUGAGAGUAGAGUUAGACAUAUUAAAUGACACUGUGAGAAUGCAUGUAUAUAGUUGUAUUUCUCACACAGCAGACAAGUGUUGACACCUGCGUAAGUACAUACAUGUGUGUAUGUAACCCAUUCCGUUCAUUUUACUACUUUUCACAAGCUACUCAAAUUCUAACUCCCUAGCCUGCCACCCAAAUCUUCUGGUGGAAAUAUUCUUUCACAUCUCUCUCCCUCCUACUUCUUUCCCCCCACACACUUAUGGUAUGUGCAGUUUCGCCAGACCCGUGUAAAGACAGGGGAACACUGAUGGGAUUGCUUUUCACAAGUGUGGGAAUGAAAAUCCUUCCCAAUGAAAACAUCUGUCUCUGUUCAAGUCAUGCCCAGUUAUCCCCCAAAAGAAAUGUUCUGAUUAACUUUUUUUUUAAGUCUUAAGAUAGCAGUUUGUGUAGCAGAUCUAAUUAAGAAGUUUAUGUAACAGAUCUGCGGGGUUUUUUUCCUUCUUCAACUGGGUUCUUUGAGCUCAGUUUGAGUGUUACUAGCUUUCACCAUGCAACGGCCAAGUACUUCCCGAGCUGAAAAUUAUCAGCUUUUGUGGGAUACUAUUGCUUCCUUGAAACAAUGUGAACAAGCUAUGCAACAUGCAUUCAUUCCGGCUAGCCCUGCUCCUAUAAUUGUCAACACAGAUACUUUGGACACGAUUCCUUAUGUCAAUGGGACAGAAAUUGAAUAUGAGUUUGAAGAAAUUACAUUGGAGAGGGGGAAUUCUGGCCUGGGAUUCAGUAUUGCUGGAGGGACAGAUAAUCCCCACAUCGGAGAUGACCCUGGCAUAUUUAUUACGAAGAUUAUACCGGGAGGUGCUGCAGCAGAGGAUGGCAGACUCAGGGUCAACGAUUGUAUCUUGCGGGUGAACGAGGUCGACGUGUCAGAGGUUUCCCACAGUAAAGCAGUGGAGGCCCUCAAAGAAGCGGGGUCUAUCGUUCGGCUGUACGUCCGCAGAAGACGACCCAUUUUGGAGACUGUUGUGGAAAUCAAACUGUUCAAAGGGCCUAAAGGUUUAGGCUUCAGUAUUGCAGGAGGUGUGGGGAACCAGCACAUUCCUGGAGACAACAGCAUUUAUGUAACUAAAAUUAUAGAUGGAGGAGCUGCACAGAAAGAUGGAAGGUUGCAAGUAGGAGACAGACUACUAAUGGUAAACAACUACAGUUUAGAAGAAGUCACACAUGAAGAGGCAGUAGCAAUAUUGAAGAACACAUCAGAUGUAGUUUAUCUAAAAGUUGGCAAGCCCACCACCAUUUAUAUGACUGACCCUUAUGGUCCUCCUGAUAUUACUCAUUCUUAUUCUCCACCGAUGGAAAACCAUCUCCUCUCUGGCAACAAUGGCACUUUAGAAUAUAAAACCUCCCUGCCGCCCAUCUCUCCGGGAAGGUACUCACCAAUUCCAAAGCACAUGCUUGUUGAAGACGAUUACACCAGUCAUUCCCAACACAGCACUGCAACCCGCCAGCCUUCAGUGACUCUCCAGCGGGCCAUCUCCCUGGAAGGGGAGCCCCGGAAGGUGGUCCUGCACAAAGGCUCCACUGGCCUGGGCUUCAACAUCGUGGGUGGGGAAGACGGAGAAGGUAUUUUUGUAUCCUUCAUUCUGGCCGGUGGACCAGCAGACCUGAGUGGGGAACUCCAGAGAGGAGACCAGAUCUUAUCUGUGAAUGGCAUUGACCUCCGUGGAGCAUCCCAUGAACAGGCUGCUGCUGCGCUAAAGGGAGCUGGACAGACGGUGACGAUUAUAGCACAAUACCAACCUGAAGAUUACGCUCGAUUUGAGGCCAAAAUCCAUGACCUACGAGAGCAGAUGAUGAAUCACAGCAUGAGCUCCGGGUCCGGGUCCCUGCGAACCAAUCAGAAACGUUCCCUCUAUGUCAGAGCCAUGUUUGACUAUGACAAGAGCAAGGACAGUGGGCUGCCAAGUCAAGGACUUAGUUUUAAAUAUGGAGAUAUUCUCCAUGUUAUCAACGCCUCUGAUGAUGAGUGGUGGCAAGCCAGGAGAGUCACCCUGGAGGGAGACAGUGAGGAGAUGGGAGUCAUCCCCAGCAAACGGAGGGUGGAAAGAAAGGAACGUGCCCGAUUGAAGACAGUGAAGUUUAAUGCAAAACCUGGAGUGAUUGAUUCAAAAGGGGACAUCCCCGGAUUAGGUGACGACGGUUAUGGAACAAAGACUCUGAGAGGGCAAGAAGACUUCAUUCUUUCUUAUGAGCCUGUCACAAGGCAGGAAAUAAACUAUACCCGGCCAGUGAUUAUCCUGGGCCCCAUGAAGGAUCGGAUCAAUGACGACUUGAUAUCUGAGUUCCCUGACAAAUUUGGCUCCUGUGUGCCUCAUACUACGAGGCCAAAGCGUGACUACGAGGUAGAUGGCAGAGACUAUCACUUUGUCAUUUCCAGAGAACAAAUGGAGAAAGACAUCCAAGAGCACAAGUUUAUAGAAGCUGGCCAGUACAAUGACAACUUAUAUGGAACCAGUGUGCAGUCUGUGAGAUUUGUAGCUGAAAGGGGCAAACACUGUAUACUUGACGUAUCAGGAAAUGCUAUCAAGCGGUUACAAGUUGCCCAGCUCUACCCCAUUGCCAUCUUCAUUAAGCCCAAGUCUCUGGAACCUCUGAUGGAGAUGAAUAAGCGUCUAACAGAGGAACAAGCCAAGAAAACUUAUGAUCGUGCAAUUAAGCUAGAACAAGAAUUUGGAGAAUAUUUUACAGCUAUCGUCCAAGGAGACACCUUAGAAGAUAUCUAUAAUCAAUGCAAGCUUGUUAUUGAAGAGCAAUCUGGGCCUUUCAUCUGGAUUCCCUCAAAGGAAAAGUUAUAAAUUAGCUACUGCACCUCCAACAACAACAGAAGAGCAUUUAGAAGAACAAAAUAUAUAUAAUAUACUACUUGGAGGCUUUUAUGUUUUUGUUGCAUUUAUGUUUUUGCAGUCAAUGUGAAUUCUUAUGAAUGUACAACACAAACUGUGUGAAGCCAUGAAGGAAACGGCGGGGCCGGAGGGUGGGACAGAAGAGACAUUGCAGUACGCAGGAAGGGUUUGAUUUGGUCAAAGUGCCAGGUGUAGGAUGAACCUCUGACGGGCUUUCUGCCAAAAGAUGGGCAGCCUCCUCACCCCAGCAGAUGUCCAGAGCUGAUUAAGCUGCUGAGCGCUCUGUGUUUUUUUGCUUUAAAGAAAAGUUGCCAGCACUUGAACUUCACCCACCUUCCCAUUACCCACAUCUGUAAUUGGUACACUUCGAAUUUUAUAACUAUGCACAUCCUUUGAUUUCUUAACAAGCAAAAGAAAGAAAGAAAGGAGGAAAAAAGAAAGGAGUCCCUUUGGAGACAGCAUAACAUGAGGGAAGGAUAAGUGUGUAGUUUCUUUGACUGGCAUCUGCAAAGACAAGCAUUUCAUAAAAUUCGCAAGUGUACGGAGGACUGACCUUACUGAGGAGGGGAUUCCACCUGGGGUUAGCUUUAUGAUUGUUUAUUGUCUAUUUCGCCAUUUAUAAACUGAAAGAAGGCACUAAAGAUGAGACUAAUUUAUACAAUAAAAUAUAUUAAAUGUAUAGAACGAAUUUCUAUAGGUUAAAAGUUUUGUGAAAUAUUUUGUAAAGACUAAUUAAUUGAAAGACUAAAUGUAUGCACUAUCAGCAGCUGAUGAUCAAAUUCAAGAACUGAAAGUUGCACUCUCCCUUUUGUUGCCAAUAAUCCAUUCAGAGCAUCUGAGUUCCUUCCAAAGUCUGACAAAGACUUCUCCCUCACUUACCUCCCGUGAUCUCCCUUCCAUAUUAGUGAUACACUCUCAUGGAGCACAUCCCUUAAUGAGUUGCCCUCAUGGAUGCUUUUGGAAGACAUUUGGUUAAUGCAUUUUUAAGCUGAUGGCUUUCAGAGACAAACUCAUGCAAAUAAUCUAAAGGAAGUUUUUGGUUUUUUCUUAUUAAACAACCUGGACCUGCCAUGCAAAUAGUUGAAUAACUUUGUUCCUAGUUACUUACAUACAAUUCUUAAAGGAUCAUUUAGUAUUUCAGCCAAUCAUAAGUAAUUAGGAUUUUUUUUUUUUUGGUCUGUUUCACAUGAAACUGAAGGUUUUAUAACAGCCAGAGAAGGUACAGAGCCAUGGAGAGAGAUCUGUUCCAGGAUGCACUAUUUCUUUGAGGAAGAGAGAGAGAAAAGAAGAAUCCAUUUGUGGGGUGAGGGAUGCAGACUUUUGUUUCCGUGUACAGGGCAGAGAGACAGAACCAUGAGGAAAGACAAUUAACGACUUUGAGCUCAACCAAUUGAACUGCCUUUCUGGGGGCUGCACCUGGACCAAGUUUAUUUUUUUGGCAAUUAUAAUAAUGAUGAUUAAAAAGAGAAACCUUCUGAAGCCUAUAUCCUGCUUUAGAGCUGAUGAUGACAUGACAUCAGCAUUGUUUGUGUCCAAGGUGUUUAGAGAGAGACUUUUCAGUGAUCUCAGUAACCACUCAACUCUGGGUUCUACGCAUGCCCAGACUAAGCCCCAUCGCCUUAUUUCUGGGGUACAUCCAGACCUGGCAGGGAUUCUGCCACACUGUGCAGCAAACCAGCAUGCAGGCUGGGGUGUGAGAGCAAGAGACAGAGCCAUCAGCAGCGAUGGGGCUUCUUCACAGUAAAACAUCAGAGCUCAGAAUGAGGGUCUCUUUCCAAAAACAAGCGUUCUUCAUCUUACUCUAAAUAUCACUGUCUGCCUGGCUGCAGUCACCAAAACACAAAUGUGUAAAAUGAUGCAUCUACCUAUAGUCUUGAGGCUGCCUUUGCCAAUGGAAGGGCUAGCAAUGCAUUUUCCCUCUGUUGAAAGUUAAAUUUCCGGAGACUUCCUUAAGAGUGCUCAAAAUGUUUAGGAUGUGUCCAUGUCUGCAAUUCACCAGUUUCAGGUCAAGGCCCAUUUUCAUCAGUAUUGCUCCCAGAAGUUUUCUUCCACCAGAAUGCCAUUCCUGAUCCCAGCUCUACUUUUAGGCCACUAUGAUAACUUCUUUGGUUUCUCAACUGAGCAUGCAACCAUUUAUUUAAAGGACUGUCAUUAAUGAGUAGAUGUUUCCGCGGGUCGUGUGAUGUGCUUUCCAUUUAAUAUUAAGUAUUGCUGUGGCUGAGUACAAUCAAAUUGAACCACCAACCCUUGGUUUUGUAGUAAUGUAAUUAUUUAUUUUCCUAGUGUAGAUGCUUCCAGAUUAGAAUUGGCAUUUGCACUGAUUUUUUUAUGUAGAUUUAUAUAAAUAUAUAUAUACAUAUAUAUUUGCUUGAAGAAUCACCAAGCAAAUUGGUGAGAGGGUCUUUUCCUAUAGAAUUUACACCUCCAUUUGUUGUGUUGUCUUGCGCUUCCCAAUGUUGAGGUCUCCAUGGCUCCAAUGAACCAGUGUAUUUUGCAGCCAAUCUGACGUCUUGUAUGGAAAUGGCAUGAAAGUUACCCAGAUGACAUCUGGUGCAAAUGCCCUUGGAGCCUGGGGCCAGACUGGUGCUAACACUGCAAACUUUGUCCGGAGCUCUCUCCAAUCUGAAGGCUUGCUGGGGGCGCAAUGUCACCUUCCCAUGCUGGGCCCUUUCGGAAAAGUGCCAGAUCGUGUCACUGGUGCUAUUUUUCAUGCUCUGGUACAAUGUGUAGCACCACGGGGGUCUCAGCUUUACCAAAAUCAAAAUCCCAUUUGUCAGCUAAUUGCAGGGGCGUUUGGUUUUUGCUCUCCUCCCACAGGAUUUGUUGGCCGUUUCUUUGCAGGCCUUUUCUGCCGGCCCCAAGCUCUUGGGUUGGCUCUCUCUGUUUAGUGAGCCCAUCUUUACAAAGCCGCACUCAGGUGCCUGUGAGCUGUCUUAGAUCCUACUGCCAGCCCUUCAGGACUCUGAGCCAGGGGAAAGCUCACCACUCCUCCGGCUCUUGCCUCUGGCUUUUUCUCCUUCUCUUCCUUGCUCUCCCCCUUCUCUUUCUAUCUCAUUCCAUCUCUAAUUCUGUGUUCCUCUCCCUUUUAUCCUUCCUUCCUGUCUUCCCCAAGUUGUUGUUGACUUUCUCCUAUACCCCUGUUUUACUCCCUCCCCUUUAUUCCUCUAUCUCUUUCUCUCUCCUUUAGUCUCUGUCUCUCUUUUCCCUUCUGAUUCCUCUUUCCCCUCCUUUCCUCUCUCUUCAUAUCUCUGAUCAUCUCCUCGCCCACACCCUGCUCCUUAAGUUUUCCGUCCUAUAAGGGCUCAUGGCUGAUUCAGACAGCAAGUCCAUAUGCUGGACUAAUGACACAAAUACUUUGGGUCACCAUUUCACCCACACAGCCCAGAAAGCAAAGCUGAGCAUGAGGUUCUGCCCCGGAGCAGCUCCAGCAUGCCUCACUGAGCCAGCCUGCACCGCUGCCCUGGCAGCGACGAUGCAUGUGCUCUGGGCCCUGACGGCACCUGGGUGUCCCCCUGCCUGAAGCCUGGUCCAAAGGGAGCCCACCCCCAGCACCAUCCCAUGGCUCUGAGGACACUUCCUGUUACUAAAGGCAGACUCUGGCCCCAACAAUUAUUCUGAUAGCAAACCUCUUCCUUCUCACUGAAGCCAUGCCAUCACCUUGGUUUGGAGAGAGACUUUUUUUCCCAUUCAUAAGCUUUCUUUUUCCCAUUUUCAUGUGAAGCCCCCUCGGCUUUUCAGCUGGUGAUUGCUCUGGUGAGAUUGAAUGGACUCGCUGGUGAAAUAACAUCUCUUUCUUCCUGUCUUGAUCCUGCCUAAAUUCCUACAAAAAUAUGUAAAUCAAGGACUCAGGCUAGUUCCUAAGUUUAUCAUAGUAAUUUGUCACUCCUAGGGGAAAAAAAGGAACAUUUCCCUUAGAGCAUGUGGAGUACCUCCUGUGACAACUGAUUUGCCAGAGGACUCCCUCCAGAAGUCUGUGGAUAUACAUUUUGCUUAUGUGUAUGUAUGAUAUAUGUGGUAUGUAUAUCAUGCAUACACAUACCACAUUGGGUAUGAAUGAAUGUGGAUGGAAACCCACACACACUCCAGUCUGUAAAUAUCCUUCCUCACUGAAAACUGUGCUUCGGAAAUCAUUUCUUGUACAGCUGUGCAGUUUCUUGUAGCAGCUAAGGACAAGCUAAGACAGGUGGACAGUUUAGACAAAGAUCAUCCAGAAGACAGAAUACAGAAUCUCCCUAGCAACUCGUGAGGACAGACAACCAAAUGAGAAGGUUGACUCCCAAUGGGAUGGCAAACUUUUCUUAUCUCCUUUUUGAACUUGUGUUUCCUAAAUGUGUCUUAACUUCUGAGUGCACCAGGCUGUACCCGUUAGAUUCUUUCAAUAUGACAGUUUUGUGCUUCUCUCUGACAGGAUGUUCUCCAUCGAGCUGUAGUGCAGGAUGGGAGGGAGGGGGAAAUGCUCCUUGCCUGGGCUGGAGUUUACAGAGACACUGCACAGCUUACACUCCUGUUAAGUGUAAAUAUUCGACACUUCCAUUCCAUUUGUGUAAAAAAUAAAGCACACACGAUUAUAAAAUCAAGAUGUAUAUUUCAUA